AUGGCAAAUGACGGAAUGGAAGAUGCCAGCCGCGGCAGUGACAGCGGUGGCGGCAGCGGCGGUGGCAGUGGUGGUAGUGGUGGUGGAGGUGGUGGUAGUGGUGGUUUGCAUAGUGGAAUAAGUAGUGGCAAUAGUCAUACCAUGACUUCUCAACAACCUACAUCAGGAUCGCAAAAUCAGGUUCAUACGCAACAGCAAUCCACGAUUCGACAUAAGGUACACUCUGGUAAUGUAACACCACUGGCCUCUACUCUGCCCGGCACUAAUCUGGGAGGAGGAAGUGGAUCUCAACAAUUCCAAAGAUUAAAAGUGGAAGAUGCAUUGUCAUAUCUGGAUCAAGUAAAAUAUAAAUUUAGUGAUCAACCACAGGUGUACAAUGACUUCUUAGAUAUCAUGAAGGAAUUUAAAUCUCAAAGUAUAGAUACCCCAGGAGUUAUAACCCGAGUGAGUCACCUUUUCAAAGGACAUCCCGAACUCAUCGUUGGUUUCAACACAUUUCUCCCACCAGGCUACAAGAUAGAAGUACAAGCAAAUGAACAAGGAUAUGCCUUCCAAGUAUCCGUCAGUAUGCCUAGUCCGACGGCAACACAUACCGCCACGUUAUCGCAACAUCAUUGUACAGUGAAUGUUGGUUCACCUCCUGUGGCUAGCCCACCCACACAGCCUGCGAAAGCACCUCCCGUUUUACAGAUAAUGCAAGGAACUGGUAAUAUACACCAUACUAUGGCAAACAGUAUUACAACCAAUAGCUUAACUGUUCAUGCACCUUCUCCACCGCCCGUACCAGUGUACAAUAAUUCACAUGUUAGUACUGCACAAGCGCAAGCUGUCAGUCAAGCUUUAAGUCAAGCGGAUGGAGUGUCGACUGGUGGACAGACGCAGCAAAGUCAGCCAGUUGAAUUCAAUCAUGCGAUAAACUAUGUCAAUAAAAUUAAGAAUCGAUUCCAAGGUCAGCCAGAUAAAUAUAAACGAUUUUUGGAAAUAUUGCAUACGUAUCAGAAAGAACAGCGGAAUUUAAAGGAGUCUGGCCAUAUGGGAGGUACGAGUUCCAGUGCGACGGGUGGAACAAAACAUUUGACAGAGGCGGAAGUUUAUAGUCAAGUUGCUAAAUUAUUUGAAAAUCAAGAAGAUUUGCUUGCUGAAUUUGGACAAUUUUUGCCAGAUGCUACUAAUCAACAAAGUUCGUUGACUAAUAAGACGACAUCGGUCAAUGAUCAUACGGCGAUCGUUAAGAAACCAACCGGACUUAAAACACCGUACAAUAAUUCUGGGACUAUGUCGAGAGAUCUUCGGGAAGCUAGCAGUACAGCUGGAUUGGAACGCGAUAAUAGAGAUCAUAGAGAACGAGAACGGGAGCGAGAUAGGUCAAACAUAAGAGACAUAAAUAGCGGUCAAAAAUGUGGACAUAGCACGGGUCAAUUGAAGAGGAGUCCAUCAUUCUCGACUUCAGCAACAGCUGGAAAUUCUCAUAUACAACAUGGACCACCUCCUUCGAAAAAGCAUAAAGUAGCUUCAACGCGUGAUAUUACUAUUGCAGAAGCCGGCAAAUAUGGCACUCUAAACGAUUAUGCUUUCUUUGACAAGGUUCGAAAAGCUCUCAGAUCGCAAGAAGUCUACGAAAACUUUCUUCGAUGCCUCGUGCUUUUUAAUCAAGAAAUACUAUCGAAAUCAGAGCUUGUUCAGGUGGUGACACCAUUUCUCGGACGUUUUCCCGAGUUACUACGUUGGUUUAAAGACUUUCUCGGCUACUUGUCCGACUCGUCCAGUACUACGAUGACAAAUGCAGGAAAUGCCAUAGGAGUGGAGACAUUUCCAAAUAGCGUUGUACGUAGCCAUCAAGAACGACCACAAGGUGACUUGGCGAUAGAAAUUGAUUAUACGGCAUGCAAGCGAUUAGGGGCGUCAUAUUGCGCAUUGCCAAAAUCAUACAUUCAACCAAAAUGUAGUGGCAGAACACAAUUGUGUAAGGAAGUUCUCAAUGAUACUUGGGUUUCGUUUCCAACUUGGUCAGAGGACAGCACAUUUGUAACAUCAAGAAAAACGCAAUAUGAAGAAUCGAUAUAUCGGUGCGAAGAUGAGCGUUUCGAGUUAGAUGUGGUAAUAGAAACUAAUGCAUCAACGAUUAGAGUGCUCGAGGGAGUUCAUAAAAAAAUGAAUAGGAUGAGUCAGGAGGAGAUACAGAAAUUUAAGCUCGAUGAAUGUUUGGGCGGUUCUUCCCCAACGAUUCAUCAACGAGCGAUAAAAAGAAUAUACGGCGAUAAGUCUGCCGAUAUUAUAGAAGGUCUGAAAAGAAAUCCUGCGGUAGCCGUGCCUGUAGUACUACGUCGAUUAAAGACUAAGGAAGAGGAAUGGCGGGAAGCACAGAAAGGAUUUAACAAAAUCUGGAGGGAACAGAACGAAAAAUACUACUUGAAAUCUUUGGAUCAUCAGGGAAUUAAUUUCAAACAGAACGAUGUAAAGGCGUUGAGGUCUAAAAGUUUAUUCAACGAGAUCGAAACGUUGUACGACGAGAGACACGAACAAGGUGAUGAUGCUAACGGUGACGGUCAGGGAAAUAGCGGUCCACAUCUCGUUCUGCCAUACAAAGACAAGUCUGUGUUAGAUGAUGCCGCUAACCUUUUGAUCCAUCAUGUCAAACGGCAAACCGCUGUUCAUAAAGAAGAUAAACAACGGAUAAAACUUUUAUUAAAACAUUUUAUACCUGAUCUCUUUUUCCAUCCACGACAAGAACUUAGCGAUGACGAAAGAGAUGAAGAUGAUGAGAAGGAAGAUGUGAACAUGGCAACGUGCAAUAAUUCUCAAUCUACGACGACUACCUCGUCGUUGAGCGGUUUGCAAGCUAACAGGAGUAAGGCUCCUGCAUCGCCAAAUACGUCUUCCAUCACCAGCAAAAGCGAAACCGACGUCAAAGUGCCCUUGCAUGCUCUCUCAAGCGAUCCUGAAGAAGCAUAUACACUUUUCAUGGGCAGUAAUAAUUGGUAUCUCUUCCUGAGGUUGCAUCAUAUACUUUGUGAGAGAUUAACAAAAAUGUAUGAUAGAGCGGUUGCUCUCGCUGAAGAGGAGUCCAAAUAUAAACAGCAACGCAAAGAAAGUACAGCAGUCGCUUUAAGAUUAAAACCGAAAAGUGAAAUUGAAAUUGAAGAUUAUUAUCCUGCUUUUCUGGAUAUGGUCAAAAAUGUGCUCGACGGAAAUAUGGAAAGCACGGCAUAUGAAGACACGCUGCGAGAAAUGUUUGGUAUACAUGCCUAUAUUGCCUUCACUCUUGACAAAGUCGUUAAUUACGCUGUUAGGCAAUUGCAGCAUUUAGUCUCGGAUUCCGUUUGUCAACAAUGCAUGGAUUUAUUUCAAAAGGAGCAACGUCAAUCUAAAGAAAAUAACGGAGCUGGUGGAUUAUGCGCCACAGCGUACAUGAGAUUAAGCGCUGAAUUAUCGUAUCAACGCAAGGCGGAAAAGGCAAUGGCAGACGAAAACUGUUUCAAAAUAUACAUAUAUAAAAAGGACUGUAAAAUGACGAUGGAGUUGUUAGAUACAGAAGGCGACGAAACGGUGGAUGGCGGCUGUAGAGAGAGAGAAAGGGAAGGUGUCACAGUUUCUGAAAAAUGGUCGACAUACAUUGAGAGAUUUUCUGCACCAGCUGAUCAGACUAGUCCAAAAGACACUCCUGCCUUAACAGAGAACGAGCAGCCUACCAAUCAUCCUGUGAGUAGCGACCAGGCAGCAAGGGGGGGAAGGGGCAGAAAACGCAAGAACACUGACUUUAGCAAGAAGAUUGAUGGAAAUACCUGGGAUCCCUCAGGUAGAGCCUCGGCGGGACGUAAACCUAUUUUCCUCUGUCGUAAUAUUAGAUCAUAUCGAAAGCAUGCUGCAAAAUUAAUGAGAGGAAAAACAUCUUUGCUCAAUGCAAAUCAUCCGGACAAGGUCACAGAAUCGGCCGAUACUCCAGACAUGAUCAAUUCUGACGAAACGCAAUGUAGAUUUAAUCCCAACAGUUAUACUAUGCUCUUUAUUGCCCUUAAGGACAGAUUUCUUUAUAAACAAAACUCCAUGAAUCGUGCUAGACGGUGUCAUCCAACUGUAACGAAGCGUAAGGAUUCCAAAUUCCAUCAUUGGCACGCAUCAUGGAUAUCCAAGAACGGUACGGAUAUUCAGCAUCGGUUGUGUCAAGACUGGUUAAUGGGACGAUACGAGAACUUGAUUCCCCACAGAACACGAGUAAUAACGGACAACGAUCAAACACGUUCCCCCUAUCGGCAAUACAAUCGUUUCCGAGUAGAACGUUUGCAAUCUGAUCUAUUGACAGAGACGUGCAUCUAAUUUGAUUCGACGGAAUUUCUUGCCAUCAUUUAAAAUUUCUCAAUAUCGCUACGCUCGCUACAAUUAGUCUUGUAUCAGCAAAAAUUUUUCUUUGCCGGUUCAGACACAAUUAAGACUCGAAGCGGAAAUUCUUGAAAUACGAGUUUAAUUUUGUGCAAAGUAAUGAAUACUCUAUCUUAUUGGAUACAGACAGCACUCGACAUUCAAACAAAGUUUGAACUGAUUUAAAUCCGAUUCCAAGAAUGAUUAAGAGAAUUAUUGAUAAUAACCGUUCGCGAAAAUAUGUUAUAUAUUGUAU